CAAAUUUCAAGAUGGAAGGCAAUGAAUCAACAUUUACCAUAAUUUUACCAAUUUUUGUGUAUUUUAUGAAUUUCAACACUCUUGCUUCAUGUAAACUAGCAACAACACCAGACAUCAACAUUGCUGUAGAUAAUUCUUUAUACUUCCAAAUACUAGAACCAGAUACAUUAAGUUAUACUUUCAAGAUAAAACCAUCACAAAGUUUUGGAGCACCAUUUUCAGAUGUAUACAAAUCAAUUGAUAUGGUAUUGUCACAACCUUAUGAAGCUUGUAGUCCCUUAUCCAAUGAUGUAGUGGGGUCUGUUGUCAUGGUCACCAGAGGGGCAUGUUCUUUUUUAACAAAAUCAUACUAUGCAGAAAAAGCUGGUGCUGUUGCAGUUAUUAUAGCUGAUAAUGAUCAUGAAAAUAAUGAAGCUUUGAUUGAUAUGGUUCAUGAUGAAACGAAGCGUGAAAUAUCUAUUCCCUCCUCAUUUUUACUCGGAAAAGAUGGUGCUAUGAUAAAGAAUGAAUUAGAAAAUCUUGGUUUGCAGAAGGCAAUAAUUACAAUUCCAAUAAAUAUUACAGGAAUUUUACCUCAUCAAGCUCAUAGAACACCUUGGACAUUAUGGUCUUAGAGUUGAACCAUCUUGUGUAUUCUACCAAGUAUUAUCACUGUAAAUUUAUUAACGGGUUCAAUCUAUAAAUGUGUUCAGAUAUCAGUCUAAUAGUGCCUUCCUUAAAUUAAAGAUUUAAAAAUUUUAAAAGACAUUAUUGAAAUAAUAUUAAGUGUUACAUUUUGGAGUGAGACUGGACUAAAUGCCUUAAAUGUAUAAUCAGGUUUCAGUUAUAUUGUUAUACAACCAUUUUAUCUUUGUGUUUCUGUGGUGAAUGAAGAGUAGCUCUACGAUAAUAGAUUUGAUGUUAAUAAUUUGUACAUUUACGGUUAUAAAAGCAAAUAUUUCUGAAUAAUGUUUAAAAAACACGAUAUUGUAGAUAUUCACAUGAAAGAAAAGAAACAUUGAGCAGUCUGGACAAAUCAGAGUGGUAAACAAAAUCAGAGCUCUCAGUAUCUGAGUGCUCCUUAAUAGCAUUUAUCAGCAAAAUCUAAGAGUUGGCACCUUAUUUAUCUGUGAUAUUAUAAUUAUUUCAGUUAUUAAACUGUGGGCUGAUGACACUGAUCUUGGAUAUAAAAUCCUCAUCAGGACAGAUUAUUUUGGAAUAGUGGUCAACUUUUAAAUUCAGGGCAAUAGAAGCAGACUCACUGAACAGUUAAUCCCAUUUACAGAACUAUUAUCCGUUAUUGUUUGCGACAAAUAUGUAUUCUCAUUUCUUUCAUAAAUUUUGUGAUAUGCCC